AUGCUCUCCAACCAAACCCCCCGCUUCCCCGACACGUUCUCGGGCACCAAGUCGUUCAAGCCGGUCUUCUUCACGGACCCAAACGAGGAGGCGGCGCAGCGGUCGCCGAUGGACGAACAAGCCGCCGCGGUCGAAAACCCGUUCAAGGACGAGCGCUCGGCACGGCCGCCCAAAAUGUCGGUCUCGCCGUUCAACAGCUUGUCGGGACUCACCGACGCCAACAGCUCGGACCAGCUCAUGAGCACGGCGAAAACAAACGACUGCACAACCACAACAACAACAACGUCGUACGCCCCUAAAACAAAGCCUCUGAUAGCACCCACAAAGGGGUACUACCGCACGUUUGUGGUGCUCUCGUUUUUGGCGCUGCUCAUGUUCGUCCCGCCGCUGCUGAUUGGCGGAGUGUCGGUCUCGUGUGGCACAGACAGCAUGUACUGUCUGCCGAAGAUCGAGUUCCAGUUCAUCGACGACUCCCGGUCGAGCCCGCUCAACACGAUCAGAGAAAGCAUCAAGGUGAUCACGUAUUUCGCCAUGGACCUGGGCACAGACUCGCCCGCCGUCGACUUCACAGACAAGGACAUUAAGGAGAUCGACACCUUUUCGGUGGACAACAUCUUCAAGAUCAACUAUUUUGGAUACUGCAAGGACAACUAUCUCACCAACAAAAGAACCUGCACCAGCUUCCGUGGCGGCCUGGAUCUCCCGUCUGUGCUUGUGAAGGACGCCGGAAUGAGCCUGAGCAUCAUUUCUAGCCAGGGCAACCCGCAGGACGUGGGCGACUCGCUUGUGACCGGGUUCCACGCCAUCUUGGAGAACCUGGGAGACGACAACGAGAUCGCGUACGACGCGCUGCUGGUUAAGUAUUUGGGCCGGAUCCUGCCGUUUGUGAUUCUGUGCAGCUUUGGCUGCUGCUGCGCGGCUCUCGCGUACGCGGUGGUGCUUGUGAGCCUGCUGAGGUCGAAAAGCAGGUUCUACAAGAUGCAGAAACGCGUCUCGUUCAUCCUCGGGGCCCUCAACGCCCUGACUUUCGCGUCGCUCGUGCUCAACCUGGGAGACCUGAUCGUGGAGUACGUGUAUGUGAUGAAGCUGAACGAGCUGACCAACGACAACGAGCUCGCGGCGGUCGACUUUGGAAUGGGGCUCUAUGUGCAGAUGGGAUGUGUGGCUCUUCAGGGCGUCAUCUGCCUGGGAAUGACUGUUUUGGUGCUGGCCAAGCCGUGGAUAAAAAGAGUUAUUUGA